UAGCUCAAUUAGACCCAGUGAUUGGGCCAAAACUAAACUCACCGAAUUAUAGAUUCCUUACAACAGACAAAAAAUUGGCAGUCACAUUGUAUUAUUUGAAGGACACCGGCUCGUUGUGGAUGACCGCAAAUACGUUUGGUAUACAUCAAAGUACAGUGACGAAAGUGAUAACUGAAGUAUGUUCAGCCAUAAACAAGUUGCUAGGGCCAACGUAUAUACACCUACCAAGGAAUAAAGAUGAAAUGAGGCAAAAAGCUUCAGAAUUUGAACUGAAAUUUGGCAUGAUACAGGCUAUUGGCUGCAUUGAUGGAACGCAUGUUGCUCUCAAACGCCCUCCAGACAACUCACAAGACUUCUUCAACUACAAACAAUUCUUUUCUCUCAACAUCCAAGCUGUGUGUGACAGUAAUGGGUAUUUCAUGGAUGUGGAAUGUAGAUGGCCAGGCUCAGUGCAUGAUGCCAAGGUGUUUGCAAACUCCUGUAUUUGUAAAAACCUUAACAAUGGAAAACUACCUAUCACAUACCUCACAGUGCUCCCUGGUCAUGAUGCAGUACCAAACUAUCUUAUUGGAGAUCCUGCAUUUCCCCUAACACAAUUCUGUUUGAAGGAGUACCAAUCAUGUUCUAAUAAUGGUCAAGUCAUUUUUAAUAACAUGCUUCGCUCAGCCAGGAACCAAGUUGAGUGUGCCUUUGGUAGGUUGAAGGCUCGCUGGAGAUUUCUUACUCGAAAGGUGGAUUUGAAAUUUGAUUCAAUUCCAACUGUCAUAUAUAGUUGCUUUGUUUUACACAAUUACUGUGAACGGAACAAGGAUUGCUUGAUAGACAAAGAAGAAAUGACCCUCCAGAUGCAACAGCAUGUAAGAGAUGAAGACUCAAGCCCAAAUAUGCCUGACCAAGUGUAUUCAUACAAUAAUUCGGAAGGUGAACUUGUUCGAUCGAUUCUCACAGACUAUAUCACACAUAAUUUACCUGACAAUUAUUAUUGA